AUGUCCUACGUCACUAAACGCCACCUGGGAGCCGACCAAAACAACAUCGAAAAGGAUUCGAUCAACUAUCGUUCGAGGAUCGUCAUUGUGAACCCCAGGCUUCGGCGAGACAGAUAUGAGCGCGCGAAUGCCGACCAGCGCGAAAGCGUCCCCGCUAACUGA